AUGUACGGGAAUUCGGGGCCGCCGAAGAAGUACAGUACUCCGCGCGAUGUUGGCGAGAAUUCGCAGGCGCGACGUGUGUGCCAGAAGUGCGCAUCGACAGAGCAUUGGACGUUCGAGUGCAAAGAUGCUGAUAAGGCUGUGCGCAACACGGCGGCACGCCUGAGCAGGACACAGAUGCUCCGGUGGGGUAUCAAACAGCGGCGGCGCGAGUUUGUGCCGGAGCCGAGUGAGCGGGAGACGUACAGCGCACAGGUGAAGAAGGUGGGGAAGCUGCUGCUCGCCGAAGCGUAUGAGGAGGUGCGGCAGAAGCGACGACUGGAGCAGCAGCCACUGGUGAAGGUGGAAAAGGAAGAGGAAGAGGGGACUAACAGAAGGAGCAGCAGCAGCAGCCAAAGAGAGAUCAAGCAGGAGGUGAAGAUGGAGGGCAAGAGCGAAGACUCUGGCAGGGAAAGGGUGAAGAAGGAAGAGGAGGCUGACAGCUGA